AUGUCCCAACCAUUCAUCCAUCUUUUGUGUAUAUGCAGGUCAUACAGCAGCACGACUAUCAACAAUGACAUUGCUCUGCUGAAACUGUCGUCUCCAGUCACACUGACUCCCCGUAUCUCUCCUGUAUGUCUGGCUCCAUCAACCAUCAACAUUCUGCCUGGAACCCGCUGCUUCACCACUGGCUGGGGUAGAACUGCCACCACGUCGAGCCCUCUGAUCCUACAGCAAACAGGUGUACCCAUCAUAAGUCCUGCUGUGUGCAGGCAGAUCUGGGGUCAGAGCACUAUCACUGAUGCCAUGAUCUGUGCUGGAGGAACUGGAUCAUCAUCUUGCAUGGGUGAUUCUGGUGGUCCUCUGGUGUGUGAGCGUUCAGGGGUCUGGUCUCUGGUGGGCUCUGUGUCCUGGGGAAGAAACACUUGUGACACCCGUUUCCCUGCAGUCUACGCCCGCAUCUCCCAACUGCGCUCCUACUCUACCUAA